AACGUACCCUGAAUAUAUCUCAAAUGUAUUUAUUAUUAUCCUCCAAACCUUGUGUAUAUAUAUAUAUAUACUCUUGAUAGCAUACGUUUCCGUUUAAUUAAUUAAAAAAAUUGAAACGCCUCUUCUCAAUUCCUUCUCCGAUGAAUCAGAGCGAUCAUCCACGCUUUCUCGGCGGCGUCAAUUCGUCGACCUCCUCUUCCUCGCCACCGCCGCUGCUCGGAAGCUUCGGCUUAGGUUUCCUAGUAUGCCUAGUUUCCCUCAUCUGCGCGUUAAUCUGCAUCGUCGGCCUAUUCGCCGUCUCUCGCUGCGCCUGGUUCCGCCGCGUUUUCGGCACCGCAGCCCUCCCUCUGCCGCCGCCUCAGGCCAACAAAGGAUUGAAGAAGAAGAUCCUCAGAUCACUCCCGAAACUCAGCUUCUCUGCCGAACACGCCUCGAAAUUAUCGGAAUGCGCCAUUUGCCUGGCGGAAUUCGUCGCCGGAGACGAGAUACGAAUCCUGCCUCAGUGCGGCCAUGGAUUCCACGUUGCUUGCAUUGACACUUGGCUCAGAUCUCACUCCUCUUGUCCGUCUUGCCGCCAGAUCUUGGUGGCCGGCAGGUGCCAUAAGUGCGUCGAAUUGCCCUCCGCCGCCGCCGCCUCUUCCUCUUCCGCUUCCGCCGUAGCCGACACCAGAAUAUUUUCUUAUCAAACUAGUUAUCACGUUAAUGCAAUUUUUCCCUAGUUUAUCAAAAAGAAGAACAAAGAAAAUGUUUAUUAGUAUUACUAAUUACUGUCUGACACUAAUUAUUAGGUUAUAUAUGGACUAGGAGUACGUAUUUUGUACAAAUUAAUGUACGUGUAUAAUGUUUCACUUCUUUUU